AUGAGGUUUGUGUAUCCGCCUGCGCAGAACUUGGAGAUAUUUUCCUGCAGUAAUUUGAUGAGCGAGAGAGGGGGUUUUGUCACUAUUAUGAAAGGUGUGAACAUUCCAUGUAACACUCUGGUGUGUUGGUAUGACCCUCUCCUGUUGAUGUGUUGCUUGUCGAUGGAUAUGUGGUUCAUGUCCAUACGUCUGCAUGAAUAUGGCAUCCCCAUCCAACGCAACCGACAAUAUGUGUGGACAAGUGCGAGCAGGCAAAUUUCUGAAGUUUCGUGGACUGCGGCCGGAUGGUCCGUGGGUGCAGUGCCUGCACAGGCGUCCUACACGUGGAACCUGUAG